AUGAAGAGAUUUUGUCGAGCUGUCGUAGAGGUUUUUGGCGAUCACUAUUUGAGAUCACCAACAACUAACGAUGUUGCAAGGUUUCUGUACAUCAGUGAACAACAUGGUUUUCCAGGAAUGCUAGGCAGUUUAGAUUGCAUGCAUUGGAGAUGGAAAAAUUGUCCAACAGCAUGGGCUGGACAAUAUGCAGGUCCGUCACGUUUUUGGAGAAAAGAGGUGUUACGUGAUAUAAUGACCACAUGUAUUAUACUGCACAACAUGAUAAUUGAGGACGAGCGUGAUCUUAAUGCACCAAUUGAAGAUGCACGUGAAUGUCCAGCUCCUACGGUAGAAAUGACAGUAGAUGAAGAUCACCGAUUUGAACAAUUUUUAGCUCGACACAAAAAAAUUAAGGAUAAAGAUGCGCAUUUCGCACUUCAUAAAGCAUUAAUCGAGCAUUUAUGGGAGAAUAGAGGCGAAAGUUGA